AUGGCUUGGGCUCCCAUAUGGCAUAGGUUUCUCGAUGCAACUCCACAACUAUGCCUGGACCUUCGUGACCAUGAACAGUUCAGCAACGGGCACAUUUCUCAUGCCGUAUGUAUAGAAGGACUAGACGCGCUACGCACGCGAUUCAGCACUCUACCUGCACGACAUGUACCAUUUCUCAUUGUCUGUAAUGCCUCUUGCGCUACGCAUGUGCGCAGCGCAUUUGUGCCGCCAGAACGAUGGGCUAUUAUUGGGAUUCUGGGAGUCUACAAGCAUGAGCAUGUAUCCACUUCAUCCAUCUCAGGUGAGGAGACAUUCCUAAACGGCGAGCUUCAGCAUCUGGUGGAUCUGCCGCACCCCCUGGCAUUCAUCACCCUAGAUCAGCUUGCCACUGCCGCAACAGCUGCGCACAUAUGGACGCCUAUGGGCACUAAAGAUCUGCCGGAUCUGCUAUUUUCGCCUGCCCCUGUCAUUGCUCGCGUUGUCCAACAUUGCGUGAAUGCAUCGGAGACAGAGCCUAUUGCGCUACUAGAUCUCGGCUGUGGCGCUGGACGAGAUGUCACUUAUGCUCUUGUUCAUGCUCAGCGCACAUCUACGCGUGCUUGGCACGCGACAUGUGUGGACCGAUGGCGCGCCGCGCUAGAUCGUGCGGCCCAACUUCUCCAAGACCAUGCACUUUGGGAUCCAUCGCCAUCAAGCAAAAAAUGUGCGUGCAAUGCCAUGGCAGUAGCUGAUAUCACCGAUGACGGUUUCGUCCGGGCACUCGGCUCACGUGGGACAAACCCUUCCGAUGCUAUGUCUCUCGACACGUGGGCUGCAGCACAUUUACCCCAUUCGCACUACGAUAUCGUGUGGCUCAUCCGCUUCUGGCCUCGCGCAUGUCUAAGGAACCUGCCGCGCAUCGUAGCGGAGCAUGGACUCAUUGUGCUGAGCCACUUUGUGCAUGAACCUGACGCCAAUAUUCCUCGUCGAAAUCUGUCGGCCCUAUCAACAACAUAUAACUCACCUCCUGUGGCUGCACGAAUCCAGCCUGGCGAAAUUAGUGCUCUCCUAAAGCAUUGGCAGUCCGCUUAUGGGGCUGCAAGUGAAGUACUGGACGAGUGUGUGGAACCCGUGGAAGAUGGCCGUCCAGUACAUAGUCUCGUCGUGAGACUUUGCGGCCACACACUGAAAAGAUGA